AUGAUUGACUAUCAUCACCAGAACACUGCGCUGGGAGUCGUGGUCGCAUUCCCGAUCCUGGGCGGUAUUACUGUUCUUUUGCGGCUUUGGGCUCGGUCGUUAUCGAGAUCUGCCCUGACAAGUGACGACUACUUCAUUGUUGCUGGAUAUAUUCUUGCCAUAUCGCAGUCGGUUACUUCGUGGUAUUACAUUAAGACCAAUUAUGUUGGCAUCCAUGAGUGGGAUAUACCCAAGGACUAUGAUGUCAGGCAGGGCUUGAUUUGGAAUUACGCCAAUCAACUUAUAUACAACCCAUGCUUGACGCUGAUCAAAGUCUCCAUCCUAAUGUUCCUCCGCCGACUCGAAUCACGCUCCCGUGUCGUCAACAUCCUAAUCUGGACAUCCCUAGGUGUAAUAACAUCCCUCUUCAUCGCCGUCCUCUUCGUCGACAUCUUCCAAUGCCAUCCGAUCGCCUACAACUGGGACAUGACAAUCGAAGGCGGAAAAUGCAUCGAUCAAGGCGCCUUCUACGUGUCAACCGCAGCACUAAACCUCUUCACUGACCUAAUGGUAAUAUCAAUCCCGAUAAUCAUUACCUGGCAUCUCCAAAUGCCUCUUCGAAGAAAGAUCGCUGUUUGUCUUAUUCUAUGCCUCGGCGGAGUUGCCACCGCAAUCGGCGUCUGGCGCAUAAUAAUCCUCGCAAAAGCCUUCUUCCCAACAGGCCCAGUCGAAGACCCAACAUUCGGCAUAGGAUUCUGCAGCUCCGCCGUCGAAGUAAACGUGGCAGUGAUAACAGCCUGCGCCCCCUCAAUGAAAGCGAUCACAAGCAAAUACCUCCCCCGUCUGCUUGGCACAUCUCGGAAUGGGAAAUCAAGCUAUGGGCAGGGGACAAGUGGCGGUUCGCGGGGAUUCCGGAAAUCGCGCUUCUUCCCCAGUAGCAAGAAGUCGAGUCAGCUGCAGUCAGGCACUGAUGGUGACACGGGUUAUGAGAUGGCGGAUCCGUCGAGGGGGAAUCGGGUUGACGUUGUGGGUGCGGGUAAAGGUUCAUUUGAUAUGCGGAAGUAUAGGCGCGGUGGCGAUAGUCCUUCUAUAUCUAGUGGGAGCUCGGAGCUGGAUGGACCGGCUGGCAUUAUCAAGACCACAGAUGUUUCGGUGCAGUAUACUAAUGGUAGUGAGGAUGGGAGGUCGAGGGCUGAGAAGAGUGUCAGCAUGGAUAGUUUGGUCUAG